ACUAUGACUUGAAUUAGCUGGGAUUAAAAACAGAAUAACUAAAGAUCGUAGUGUUGCACGGUAUUACUAUAAGGUUGACGCAAACACUUUUUAUGGAUUUAUUGUUUGUAUAAAAGCUGACAUUACAUGACUGCUAAAGUAGUACACCCCCCCUACAACUAUAAUGGUAUGUUCCUAACAAUGACGCGCCACCCCAGGGCAAGGAAGCAUACCCUAUUAGCUAGUUAGCCAUCAAACAAUUGUCUCAUUCUCAAGAAGUGCGCGGAAACCGCAUUUAGUGCAUUUUCGCACAGUCCUGUGCAGCAGGUAGGAAAUUGAAUGAACACCCGCGUGCAAUAACAGAAUGUCUGGUUCUGCGCCUCCAACCCCGCCGGACGAUGGUGCCGACACGUGCGGGUUGGCUGCUUUUCUUCCUCCCGGGUAUCAAGCCUUCAAACCGGAGGACCAUGGCCUAGACCGCAGCUUUCGGCUAACGGCCUUCUCCGACCUGAAGGGAUGAGGUUGUAAAGUCCCCCAGGAGACUCUGCUCAAACUCCUGGAGGGACUUGAACCUGGUCGGCCAGAUGCAGCGACCGGAGAGGACGGCGUCCCCGCGGCAGGUGCGGGUGAUGAGGCGUCUGAAUUCGGUCAUCUCGCACCCCGAUUAGGUAUCGGCCUGGACUCCUGUGUCAUCCCCCUGAGGCACGGGGGCCUGUCCCUGGUCCAGACCACCGACUUCUUUUACCCCUUGGUGGAGGAUCCUUACAUGAUGGGGCGCAUCGCGUGUGCUAACGUGCUCAGUGACCUCUAUGCCAUGGGCAUCACCGAAUGUGACAACAUGCUGAUGCUCCUCAGCGUCAGCCAGAAGAUGAAUGACAAGGAGAGGGAUGCGGUGAUGCCGCUGAUGAUAAAGGGCUUCCGUGACGCGGCGGAGGAGGGCGGGACUUCCGUGACGGGUGGCCAGACCGUCAUCAACCCCUGGAUCAUCAUCGGGGGCGUGGCCACCGUGGUGUGCCAGCCCAACGACUUCAUCAUGCCAGACAGUGCGGUACCAGGGGAUGUGCUAGUCCUCACCAAACCUCUUGGCACACAGGUGGCAGUCAACGCCCAUCAGUGGCUCGACCUGCCGGAUAGAUGGAACAAGAUCAAACUGGUCAUCUCUAAGGAAGAAGUGGAACAGGCGUACCAGGAAGCCAUGUUGAACAUGGCCAUGCUCAACCGCACAGCUGCGACCCUCAUGCACAAGUUCAAUGCGCACGCGGCCACUGACAUCACCGGCUUUGGCAUCCUGGGCCACGCACGCAACCUGGCACAGCAGCAGCGCAACGAGGUGGCCUUCGUCAUCCACAACCUGCCCAUCAUUUCCAAGAUGGCCGCCGUCAGCAAGGCCUGCGGCAACCUCUUCGGCCUGAUGCAGGGCACCUCCUCAGAGACCUCAGGAGGCCUGCUGAUCUGUCUUCCUCGGGAGCAGGCGGCUCGCUUCUGUGCGGAGAUGAAGGCUAGUCGGCAGCAGGGCCAGGGUGGCCUGGCUACUUCCACCUCCACCACCACCACCACCACCUCCUCGUCCUCCUCUGGAGGGGCCGUGACUCCAGGCCCCGAGGGCCAGGGCGACGGCCAGCAGGCCUGGAUCAUCGGCAUCGUGGAGAAGGGCAACCGCUGCGCCCGCAUCAUCGACAAGCCGCGCAUCAUCGAGGUGCCCUUCCGCGGCUCCCCCGGCGCCGAGGCCAACAACAACAGCAGCAACAACAGCACCAGCCCGCCCCCGCCUCCGGCCCAGACCCCACCCGUCUCCUAGACGGAGGCAGGCCAGUGACGGGGCAAAAUGGAGUCAUUAUACUUACAAUCUAGUGCCACAUAUUACAAAUGGCGUUGGAUUGACCUGUCCAAUUCAGCCAGGUCGUUGGCUGGUUAAAAGAUCACCUGGAGGGUAUUCUUGGUUUAGUGAUAAACCUGGCUUAGUUAACCGACAGGAAGUGCUGACCCUGCUAAUAAAUAGCCCACAGGUGUCAUUUGGUGAAGAACAUGAGGACUCCAGGCUCUUCUAUUAGAUGAUUUACCACUACCCUCAAGGUAGACUCCACUUGGUUUACUACUGAGCCAGGUUCUUGGAGUACUCUCCUGGUUGAGUUGGACAGGUGAAAAACGAGGUCAUUUGGAACAUGUAGCUCUGGGAUGAAUUUCUCGAAAGUGUAGUUGCUAACUAUGGUAGCUACUUUGUUGGUCGCAAUGCAAUAUCCCAUUGGCAACUACCAAAGUUGCUAACAGUUAACAACUACGCUUUCGAGAAAUGCACCCCUGAAUUGUAACUGAUGAAUCCAUGUUGCCCAUCACUGA